AUGAUUAUGAGAAAUCAAUCUAACAAAAGAACUUUUACAAGUUCUUGGACCAUUCGAAGAAACAACCAGAUACUUGGGCGGUUCCUUUAUGCAAUACACAGUCUUAUGCAUUGGGUUGUAAGAGAAUUGAAAAAUAUUUUUAAAUCAAAUCAAGUAAAUGAAGAUGAAUCAUAUAAUAUUAAAGAUCAUAAUGUAUUUGAUGAUUAUGAGGAAGAGGAAUCACAAAAUAAACAAUCUCAAAUUAAGUUAAACAAACCAGUAAAUACUACAGGCCUCUUAGAAAAACUAAAACAUAAUUUGUAUAAAAAAUUAUGUUAUUACUAUCCUAAUCAACAAUUAUAUGAUAACAAAAAAACUGUGGAGAUAGAUCAAAAUGAAAAAAAGCUUGAUGAUAACAAUCAAAACUUGGAAAAACAAGUAUCUGAUGAAUUUAUGGUUACUGCAAAUCUACUAUAUAUACCAUACUUGUUAAAAUCGUUGGAAAAAGAGGAUUGCCCAAUAGAUGAUAAAAUUGAUGAAUACAUGAGACAACCUGAAAUAA